UGGGUGACCACGUGGGAAAGGCUGCCUUCAGCUAUAAAAAUGUCCAUCAGUUGCGUCUUGAAGUGCCAUCAGCUGUAACCGAAGAUCCAGAUCCCAAGACCAUAGCCAAGCCCUCCCAUUCCCAAGAACUGAAGACCAUGGAGCUCUCGGACAGCGACCGCCCAGUCAGCUUCGGCUCCACAUCAUCCUCAGCUUCUUCCCGGGACAGCCAUGGUUCCUUUGGCAGCCGAAUGACCUUAGUUUCAAAUAGCCACUUGGGCUUGUUUCCCCAGGAUAAGGAAGCAGGGGCCAUAAAACUAGAGCUGAUUCCAGCCAGGCCGUUUUCCAGCAGCGAGCUGCAGAGGGACAGCCUAGCCGGGCAACAGAACACAGAGGCGGGUGGCGAGAGGCAGCCCCGGACCCAGCGGAGAGUGGAGGCAAACGGGGCCACCAAAACUAGUGCAGAAUCAGCCACCAGCCCCAAGCUCCUCUACGUGGAUAGAGUUGUUCAGGAAAUCCUGGAGACUGAAAGGACUUACGUGCAAGAUUUAAAAAGCAUCGUAGAGGAUUACCUUGACUGCAUCAGGGACCAAACGAAACUCCCUCUGGGGGCAGAAGAAAGAUCAGCCCUGUUUGGAAACAUACAGGAUAUCUACCACUUCAACAGCGAACUUUUGCAAGAUUUGGAAAACUGUGAAAAUGACCCUGUGGCCAUAGCAGAAUGUUUUGUGUCCAAGAGUGAAGAGUUCCACAUUUACACCCAGUAUUGCACGAACUAUCCGAGAUCUGUGGCUGUGUUAACAGAGUGCAUGAGGAACAAGGCCCUAGCCAAAUUCUUCAGGGAGCGUCAGGAAACUCUGAAACACUCGCUGCCUCUGGGGUCCUAUCUCUUGAAGCCAGUUCAGCGGAUUCUCAAGUAUCACCUCCUUUUGCAUGAAAUAGAAAAUCACCUUGACAAGGACACCGAAGGCUAUGACGUGGUGCUUGAUGCUAUCGACACGAUGCAGCGAGUCGCCUGGCACAUCAAUGACAUGAAGCGGAAACAUGAGCACGCCGUCCGGCUGCAGGAGAUACAGAGCUUGCUCACUAACUGGAAGGGGCCAGACCUGACCAGCUAUGGCGAACUGGUGCUCGAAGGAACCUUCCGCAUCCAGCGGGCCAAGAAUGAGCGAACCCUCUUCCUCUUUGACAAGCUGCUUCUCAUCACAAAGAAGAGAGAUGACACGUUUACAUACAAAGCUCACAUCCUGUGUGGCAACCUCAUGCUCGUGGAGGUGAUCCCCAAGGAGCCGCUCAGCUUCAGUGUCUUCCACUACAAGAACCCCAAGCUGCAGCACACAGUUCAGGCGAAAUCUCAGCAGGACAAACGCCUGUGGGUUCUACACCUGAAGAGGCUGAUCCUGGAGAACCAUGCGGCCAAGAUUCCAGCAAAGGCCAAGCAAGCAAUACUUGAAAUGGAUGCCAUUCAUCAUCCGGGCUUCUGCUACAGUCCUGAGGGGCAGGCGAAAGCCCUCUCCACUCCGUACCGGCCGAGGAGAAAAUCUGAACCUUCCUCAAGAUCACAUAAAGUUUUGAAGACCAGUGGAACAGCACAAGACAUCCAAAAGGUCUCCAGAGAGGAAGGGUCUCCCCAGCGGACUUCGGCAGGGCCAUCUCCUGCCCAGAGGGACAGUCAGCCCGGCAGUUCUGCCAUUCUCAGUGCGCUUCGCGGGGGCGGGGCCGUCAGAAACAUCUGGACAGACCACCAGAUCAGGCAAGCCCUGUUUCCCAGCCGACGGUCCCCACAGGACCACGAGGAUGAUGAAGAUGAUUACCAGAUGUUCGUGCCAUCCUUUUCCUCUUCAGAUUUGAACUCUACCAGACUGUGUGAAGAUAGCACUUCAAGUCGCCCUUGCAGUUGGCACAUGGGACAGAUUGAGUCCACAGAGACCACCAAUUCUGGCCACAGGGUUGUUAGGCGAGCUAGCAGUGCUGGUGAGAGCAACACGUGCCCUCCUGAAGUCGGAAUGAGGGACAGCGAUGGCUCUCCAUACAGCCCCCGAAGGGAACUGCAGAAUGACCCUAAAACAGAAGGGCAGGACGGAUUGACUCUCUUUGGGUCAUCUAUAGAGUUGACUAUUGAUGAUAUAGACCACGUCUAUGAUAACAUAAGUUAUGAGGACUUAAAAGUAAUGGUUGCUAAACGAGAAGAAGCUGAAUCCACUCCCCUAAAAUCAACCAGGGACUCUGUUCGACCCAAGAGCACCCCAGAGCUAGCCUUCUCAAAAAGCCAAGCUGGCCGCGAGAAGAUCUCUGUGCACACAAACAAAGACGGACCUCUGACAGGGCGCGAGGCAUCGAACCAAAGCACACAUGAACUCGAGGUGGUUGAGAACAUCUAUGACACAAUCCGGCUCCCAGACCCACCCUCCUCUCUGGAUUUCAAAUGCAGCAGCCUACAGCGUCCGAAGAGGAGCACCUUCUUAGGUCUGGACACUGACUUUGCAUGCUGUGACAGCCUGCGGCCCUUCAUUUCCCAGGACAGCCUCCAGUUCAGUGAGGACGAAACGUCUAACCACCAGGGACCCUCUGAUAAUGACUAUUUGAGUUUGCUGUAUAACUCUUUCAGCUGUAACUUGCCUCUAGCUGAUAAGUCUAUAUCUGAUAAACUGUCCGAAGAAGUAGACGAAAUCUGGAAUGACCUGGAAAAUUACAUUAAGAAAAACGAAGUCAAAGCUAGAGACCGGCUCCUCGCAGCAUUUCCCGUCAGCAAAGAUGAUGUGCAAGACAGGCUGCACGCUGAGAGCACGCCCGAGCUGAGCAAAGACACGGGGCGGGCCCUGUCUACGCUCUCGCUCCCUGAGCGCCAUGCCCUCCUCACGCCGCUGAAGGACAGGCCCAGCAGAGCCAGCCGGGCCAGCUGCCCCUUGGAAGAAGACCUCAUAUCCAAAGAAAGCUCCUUUAUGAGUCUAAACCAGCUGUCGCUGGCCGCUGAAGUGCCUCCCAUGGAAAAUCCCUAUGACUUGGCCAACAACAGUCUGUCCCAAGCAGACCUAGACAACCCUGACCCUGGGGUGGAUGCCGCAGAUAAGACCAAAAGCAGAGUUUUUAUGAUGGCGAGGCAGUACAGUCAGAAGAUCAAGAAGGCAAAUCAGCUUUUAAAAGUGAAAAGCCCCGAGUUGGAGCAGCCACCGGCCAGCCAACAGCAUAAAACUGUGCACAAAGACCUGGCAGCCAUCUUAGAAAACAAGAAGCAAGGAGGGCCUGCCAUCGGUGCCAGGAUUGCUGAGUAUUCCCAACUGUAUGACCAGAUUGUAUUCAGAGAGUCUCCCUUUAAGACUCAGAAGGACAGCUGGGCCAGCCCUCAAGAAUCCUCCAACCUCAGGUCGACAUCACCUUCCCAGGCCCAGCGUCGUAGCGAGGACUGGCUUUUGCAUUCAACCUAUAGUAAUGGAGAAUUAGCAGAUUUCUGCCCUCGGCCAGAGCAAGACUUGAAGCCAAAAUAUCCCACUUUGGAAAUCAACACAAGAAGUACUCCAAGACAACUGUCCACAGCUUGCUCUGUGCCUUCUCUCCAAACCUCCGACCACCCACUGGGUCUCACACAGAGGCACAGCGUGGUAGUCAGUCAGCCCAACAAAGAGAUUUCAUGUCAGGGCCACCUUUAUAACUCCUUGGGUCGGAAAGGAAUCAGCGCUAAAGCUCAGCCUUAUAACAGGUCUCAGUCGUCCUCCUCCAUCUUGAUAAACAAGUCAGCGGAUUCCAUCAACUACCCCAAUGAAACAGGAAGCAAACAGCUGCCGUCUUUACACAAGAGUGCAAAGUGUGAGAGUCACCAGGACUUGCUGCCUGGUAUAGGUGACUCAUGUCCACAGGGUACUGGGAAACGCUCUGAUCUCACCCUCCAAGACUCACAGAAAGUUCUGGUAGUAAAUAGAAAUUUACCCUUAAAUGCCCAAAUAGCUACCCAGAACUAUUUUUCCAAUUUCAAAGAGACUGAAGGAGACGAAGAUGACUAUGUGGAAAUAAAGUCAGAAGAAGAUGAGUCAGAGUUAGAGCUGUCUCACAGUCGUAGAAAGAAAUCUGACCCCAAGACUGUGGACGCUGGCUUUUCCGAUAACCUCUGCCGCAAUGACACGUCAGACUCUUUGAAUAGUCCGUGCACUCCAAAAAAGCCAGUAGGUGGCAAACUGGGAGUUUCACCCUACCUGACACCAUACAACGAUUCUGACAAACUGAAUGACUAUCUUUGGAGGGGCCCAUCCCCCAAUCAGCAAAACAUUGUCCAGAGUCUAAGGGAAAAAUUUCAGUGUCUUAGUUCUAGCAGCUUUGCCUGAGAUUCUUAAUAGCGGCUGCCUGAAAUGAACUUCUUCCUGUGCUCAUGCAUAACAGAUCCUGGGAGGUGUUUCAUACGUUCCAGAUUAAAACAGUUUUGUAAUAACCAGAGGUGUAAAACAUACUUCCUUUUACAGCACAACUUUCUGAAAUGGCCGAUGACCCAGCUGGGAUUGUACUGUAGCCAGUGUCAGCAUCUAACUGUUCUCUGAUUCUGGUUGUCUUCGUGUUUCAUGUAAGUCAGUCUUACUUGAAAAUGUCUAGGUUUUCUUUUUUCCUUUUUUACCAAGAAGGCCGUAUCUUCCCCCUGCCCCCACCCCCGUUCUGACAGUAGUGCCC